CCUCCUCUUUCCAUAUCUUUUAAUAAAUAUGGCGCGUGGCCGAAGCCAGCAGCAGCAACAACAAAGCAACAUGAGCAGCAACAGCAGCCAGAACAAAGGCUCUGUUCUAGCAGCGGCACAGCUCUUUUGGACUGCUUACAGAAAGGACACGCCUGCAAGUUUGAAACUGAUUGACGUGUACCUGUCUUACAUUAUGCUGAGCGGCAUCAUUCAAUUUGUGUACAUGAUUCUUGCUGGUACAUUUCCAUACAAUGCUUUUCUCGCUGGCUUCAUAUCGACAGUUGGUAGCUUCGUCUUGGCAGUCAAUUUACGCAUUCAAACGAACCCACAGAAUGCCAGCACGUUCAAAACCAUUUCACCUGAACGAGCGUUUGCCGACUUUGUAGCAAUUUCGUUGCUUUUACAUUUUUUCUGUGUUCACUUUCUCGGUUAACCUGAAUAAAAACGUCACAGCGCUUAUGCAACAAAUGCA